GUCUGCAUGCGAGUCGUCUCUUCAGUCCCUUCCUUCACACGAUGGCACGUCCGCAACUCGUCUGUGUGUGGACACCCACCGUCUUACUGUGUCUCGGUACUCACCAGACACAGCAUUGCCAUGGGUGUCCCCAACCAAACGAGUCACAAACGCUCCGCCACGAAAAGUGAUGCAGUGAGGUCGAUCAGACAGGGCAAGGGGUCACGCAGGCAGGCAGUCAGGCCAGCCAAUAACACGUGUACGGUUGGUUUGCGGUUGCUCUGCAACGCAUCCAUUCCACACAUCCAUGCAGUAUGUAGUCAGGCAACACUCACGUCACACCACAUCACGCGCAUGUAUGUAUGUAUGCCUCUAUGUCCUGCCGACGCACCAGCGCGUCGCUGCACGUCGACAAAACUUGAUGGACUCCCACCACCACCCAAAACCAAGGCCACACACAAGCACACACACACACACACAGCAUGUCUCCCGCUCGCCCUUGACGAGCUAGGGGCGUCGCAAAAAGCCGUUGGGGCACGUUGACUGACUGACAGGGGCACGUUGAUCCACAGCAGCAGGGAGGGAGAGAAGGGGGAGGGGAGGGGAGGGGAGGGGGUGGUUUAAGGGUCUCCCCGUUAGGCCUCGUCGAGGGCCGCCACACCGGGCAGCACCUUGCCCUCCAGCAGCUCCAGAGACGCACCUGCACACACCAUGUCACACACGUCAGUCACACAAGUGGCCUGCCUGUCGUGGUGUCUGUCGGUAGGCCUGUCAGCUGACCUCCUCCAGUGGAGAUGUGGCUCAUCUUCUCGGCGAGUCCUGCCUUCUCGACGGCCGCCACAGAGUCGCCUCCGCCGAUGAUAGUGGUGGCGCCCUUCUCGGUCAGCUCAGCCAGCGUCUUGGCCACGUCAAUGGUGCCUGCCGCGAACUUGUCAAACUCAAACACGCCCAUGGGACCGUUCCUGACCAAGCAGCCAUAUACACACGCCGAGCGAGAAGUGAGCGGCCAUCGUGUCUGUAUGGUCGUCCCAUGAGGAUCUUUCCUCCUACAUACCAGACGAUUGUUUUGCAUUCGGCGAGUUUGUCCUGGAUCAUCUUGGUUGACUCGGGUCCGUUGUCGAGGCCCAUCCAGCCGUCGGGGAUCUCACCCACGGGCACCACCUUGCUCUCGGCAUCGGCGGCGAACUUGUCGGCGAUGAUCACAUCGGUCGGCAGGAUCAGCUCCACGCCCUUGGACGAUGCAAUCUCCUCAAUUUUCUGAUCCAUGGACGGACAAAUCGAUGCCACAGGGAAGAAUGGGUGUGCGUCUGGCGGUGGAUGCGUGUGGUCGGCUCAGCUCAGCUCACCUUGGCGAGGUCCAUCUUGUCCUCCUCGACGAGCGACGCGCCCACACUCAUGCCCCGGGCCUUGAGGAAGGUGAAGACCAUACCGCCGCCAAUAAUGAGCUUGUCGACCUUCUCGAGCAGCGUCUCAAUGACGGUGAUCUUGGACGACACCUUGCUGCCGCCGACAAUGGCAGCGAACGGCCUCUUGGGGUCCGACACGGCACCCUCCAGGUAGUCGAGCUCCUUCUGAAGGAGGAAGCCGGCCACUGAUGGGGCGAGGAACUUGGUGACGCCCUCGGUUGAGCCGUGGGCGCGGUGUGCGGUGCCGAAGGCAUCGUUGACGAAGAGGUCGGCGUUGGCCGCCAGCUUCUUGGCGAAAUCGGGGUCGUUCUUCUCCUCCUCCGCAUAGAAACGAACUAACAAAGGAAGGGAACCAACAGACAGACCGCAGAGGGUGGCGUAUUUGGCUUGUUCUCCCAUCCAUUUGUGUAUCUGUGCGUGUGGUGUGCAUACCGUUUUCGAGGAGCAUGACGUCGCCGUUGUUCAUUUUGCCGACCAUCUCCUCGACCUUGUCGCCGAUGCAGUCGGGUGCGAUGGGCACAUCCUUGCCCAGCAGCUCCGACAGGCGGCCCGCCACCGGGCCCAGGCUGAACUUGUCCUCGGGACCGUUCUUCGGACGUCCCAAAUGAGACGUCAACAGCACCUUGGCGCCUGCAGACAAGAAGUACAAGUGAUGCCAGUUGUCUGCCGCACCAUACGUGUGUGUGUGUGUGUUUGCCAUUGUCUGCGAGGUAUUUGAUCGUCUGGAUGCUCGCACGGAUGCGCGUGUCGUCAGUGAUGGUCUUGCCAUCUGCACCCACACACAUCAUUCACAAUGCCAGAAUGAAUGGCAUGUGGCCGUCAUCUGCACACUGCACCCCACUGCACUGGUGCACUGCACCCACUGCUGACUGACUCACCGAGAGGGACGUUGAGGUCGCACCUGACGAGGACCCUCUUGCCCGCGAGGUCGGUCUCCGUGAGGGUGGACACGGACUUCUUGGCCAUCGUCAUGGGCGCCCUCCGGCUGAUGCCUCUGAACGAACGAGGGCUCAGCAGACCCUGACGGGCCGCCGGCACGAAUGCAGUGCCUGCAGUGCACCAUGACAAAUCAACAUGAACCACCGACAGCCACAGAUAAACAGCUGGACACUCUGCAUGAUCUGAUCUUGCCGCAUGUAUCUGCCUCUGCAUCCCUCCUGACUGACGAUAGAUCUUCCCCUCUGUUGUGUGUGAGUAGAUCCAGUCCUUUUCAUCUCUCUCUCCCCUACCUGAAGUGAUGGCCGAGACGGCGACGACAGCGGCGACGAGGCACUUCAUUUUCAAACCACAAAGAAAGGGAAGAGAGCAGAGGAG